CCGGGCGCCGAGUUGGAAAACUGUCGGAAGUGGAGGUGGUGGCGGUCCGCUGAGGCCGUCAUGACGCAGUCGGUGGUGGUCCAGGUGGGCCAGUGCGGGAACCAGGUGGGCUGCCGCUUCUGGGACCUGGCGUUGCGGGAGCACGCGGCCGUUAACAAGAAAGGAAUUUAUGAUGAAGCACUGAGCAGUUUCUUUAGGAAUGUAGAUACAAGAAGUGCUGGUAAUGGUCCUGAUAUUUACAAAGGAAAAAUUUGUUCUUUAAAAGCACGAGCACUGCUGAUUGACAUGGAGGAGGGUGUGGUGAAUGAAAUUCUGCAGGGACCGUUGAGAGAUGUUUUUGAUAGUAAGCAGCUUAUCACAGAUGUUUCUGGUUCAGGAAACAACUGGGCUGUAGGUUACAAGGUGUAUGGCUGCCAGUACCGGGAGAACAUCGUGGAAAAGCUGAGGAAAACUGCAGAGCACUGUGACUGUCUGCAGUGUUUUUUUAUAAUUCAUUCUAUGGGAGGUGGGACAGGAUCUGGUCUUGGAACUUUUGUACUGAAUUUGCUUGAGGAUGAAUUCCCAGAAGUGUAUAGAUUUGUUACUUCAGUUUAUCCCUCCGGUGAAGAUGAUGUUAUUACUUCUCCAUAUAACAGUGUUCUGGCUAUGAAGGAGCUUAAUGAACAUGCAGACUGUGUGCUACCAAUAGAGAAUGAAUCUCUGUUUGAUAUAGUUACUAAAAUUCAUCAGAUGGUCAGUUCUGGGAAGGUGGGGUCAACUGUGAAGCCAAACAGCUUGGUAACAUCAAGUGCAAGUACUACAAAAACUGUGCAGAAGCCAUUUGAUGCAAUGAACAACAUUGUAGCCAACUUGCUGCUGAACCUGACAAGCUCUGCUAGGUUCGAAGGUUCCCUUAACAUGGAUCUUAAUGAAAUCAGUAUGAAUUUGGUUCCAUUUCCUCGGCUUCAUUACUUGGUUUCAAGUUUGACUCCUCUGUAUACACUGGCUGAUGUUAAUAUACCCUCUAGAAGGUUGGAUCAAAUGUUUUCAGAUGCUUUUAGUAGAGAUCAUCAAUUAAUUCAAGCAGAUCCAAAGCAUAGCCUCUACCUUGCUUGUGCACUUCUUGUUCGAGGGAAUGUGCAGAUCUCAGACCUUCGCAGAAACAUUGAAAGGUUGAAGCCUUCUCUGCACUUUGUAUCGUGGAAUCAGGAGGGCUGGAAAACUAGUUUGUGUUCUGUACCUCCUGUGGGCCAUACCCAUUCCCUUCUAGCUUUAGCAAACAACACCUGUGUGAAACCAACUUUUAUGGAACUCAAAGACAGAUUCAUGAAGCUCUACAAGAAAAAGGCUCAUCUUCACCAUUAUCUGCAAGUAGACGGGAUGGAGCAAGGCUGUUUUUCUGAAGCCAUAUCAUCCUUGUCUGACCUAAUAGAAGAGUAUAACGAACUGGAUGCCACAAAAGGUGGGUUUAGAACAGCCCCAUCAAGACUGAAGAUAGCUGUGUAAAGAAGAACUUUGUUUUAAAAAAAAUAAAAUCCCCAAGCAUCCAACCACUUCAGUUAACCCAAAUGAAUUGCAGAGCGCCUACCUAUUGUCAUUCUAAAGCGAGGCUGGGAUAACUGCUUCCACAGCUCUCUGAGGUGUCACAUAAAGUGACAGGCCCAGCCUGUAGGAAAGGUUUGAAGGCACUUAAUUAUGGCAAAUAUCAGUAAAGUUCUUCCAAACUGUAGAGUAAAUCGACAUGCCAUGUGCUGCAAAGAGAAGAAAGAGAAGUACUAGCAGCCAAAAGGUAAUGCUUUUUCCAGACUUUGAGCUUACAGUGAACUGAAAGCAAGCCUUGGUUCGAAGAAAGAUCGCUAUUGCUAGCUUUUUUCUUUAGUUGUUUUAAAAAAGCAACAAAGAGAAGGAAAACUGCAUACUCUUCCAAGAUGAAAGCAAUCCUCUAAUGGAACUUGUUUCUGAAAAUUUGCAGACAAGCAGUCAUUUUGGAAUGCUCCAAGCUAUGUUCAUAAUUUAAAAUUUUUUCACUUCAUUGUUGUACCUAGCUGUAUUAGAGUAUUCUGAGCUGAUAGUAAAGUUGAUGGUUUCAGGGGGGAUUUACCAAAAUGCAUUUUCUUUGACAUUUUAUAUUUGGAGCAUUAAUUAACAUGUUAUUUUAAUGAUUCAUGUUUAUAAAUGGUGAAUUGCACUUGAUAAUGAGAUGAUAUAGCAUACCUCUGAGUGAAAAACACACAGUAAAGACUGUUAGGUAAACAAAGUUUAUAUGUUUAAAGAAUGCAAGUAAAAUAGAUGUUUUAAUAUUUAUAAUUACCAAGGUCGGUAGAUUUCUAUAUUACAUUAUAUUAAGAACUUUUGCAGAAUGUACAGCUAUUUCCUGUUUACUUUCCAACCUUGACUUCUUCAGAACGCAAGGACUGGUGAACUGUUACAAAUCAGAGUGGGCCAAUGCAAUGAUCUAAACCUUGAAAUCCUUUUAGCAGAGUUUGAAUGGGUGAAUAAGUAGGCACAGUUUUCAGUGUAUGAGUCCAGAAAUCAUCAAUAAAACCUUGUAAUAACACUUUUUUGGGGUUUCUUUAAGCAUUCCAAAUAUGCAUUUCCUUCAAAUUUUGCAGUUCUCUUAUCUGUAGCUGUCUUAUGUCUUCCUUUACAAAGGACAUUGUUUAUAUUCACAGCAGUAGAGAGAUUAUCUGCUGUAAAGAGUAUUUGGGUCUUGCAAUUAAUUUAUCCUGUUUACAACAGCAUUCAUGUGUUUUGCCUUUGUUUUGAGUUUGAAGAUACAUGGUAGAAGAUGUUAGUUUGAGAAUCAAGAAUAAUAGAUGAUGUUACAGGGUCAGUUUUGUUGGGUUUUUUUGUUUGUUUGUUUGCUUUUGUAUAGAUUAGUCAGACCAUCUGUGAAUCUAAAUGUAUUUGUCUUGUUGGACAAGGUGUUAUGGUAGGUUACCAAGCAGUCUCACUGUGCUUUCUUGAAUUACAAGGAGUUCUCCUUUUGACAGUAGUGUUACACACACAAUUCUUGAGAAUGUAUUUCCAUAUACUGCAACAGUUAAGUUUAAAAGGAUACCUUCUUACGUGGAUUUUUCAAAUGUGUUUUUUUAAAUGAAUAUUUACAUUUAUAGUUUGACUACAAACAUUGCUGGGGUGACAGAUAAUGCUGAUUCUUCAGGAUGUGAAUGUGCUUGUCACCCUUGCAGCACGUUACAGUCAGUGGUGUUAAUUCAUAAAAUUUUGAGUUCAGAAAAUAUAUCUCCUGGAUCACUGCAAAUCCUCUGGCAAACACAAGAUGUUAUCCACAUCAUCUUCCACUUGAAGAAGCCUUCAUUGGGGCACUCGAACUGGAGAGUGAUCAUUUUGGACUUAUUAGGUACGCAGCAUCUCUUGUCCAUACACACCCCACAGAAAGUUAACUUGUAGCUUUGUGUAGUUGAACAUCCAGAGAAAAAUAGUUUCUCUGCUCUAGGGAACUGGAAUGUUGGUUGGCAUGUUUUUCCUUUUGGAAUCUGUAAAACAACAACAAAAAAAAAGCUUAUGUUUUUACACACGGAAAACAGACCAUGAAAAAAAACUUGUGAUGUUUACAUAGAAAUAUGUUGAAAAUUACGCCUACUAAAAGCUGUCUUAUUUUUCUUUCAGUAAACAAAUAAAAAUAUUUUGGUUGGCCAAGCAGCAUGACAGCACUUCGAAAUUAUACAUCUGUAGCUUACUACUAAGAGUUGGCAA